AAUUUAGAUCUUCCACUUCCCCAAUCCCACGCGCCCUUUCGCACGGCCAAACCCAGAGGAGCAAGAAUUCCACAAACUGCUGCUGGAGGAGGGAGGUGGGAGGCUGCAACCCCUCUGCGGAAGCUGCGAGGUUCUUCCGAAGCAGGAUGCUGCUGCUGCUGCCAGACGCUGUUGCGAAAAUGAGGGGCUCACUGAUCCUGGCUUACCACCUUCUGUGCCUUCUGACCGCGUCCUGCGCUGCUUCUGCAGCUGCCGGGCCCAGUUUUCUGGUGACAGCUCCUACUGUCAUCAGGCCAGGAAUCAACAUGACUAUUGGAGUGGAACUGCUGGAGAACAGCCCCUUACAAGUCUUGGUGAAGGCCAAAGUGCUCAGGAGCCUGCCAAACAUCACCGUCCUGGAAGCAGAAGGAAUGUUUGAAAAAGGUUCAUUUGGGACUCUUGUUCUUCCAGCACUCCCCUUGAAUACUGCUAACGAAUUGUAUGAAUUACAUAUCACUGGACAUGCACAGAAUCAGACUUUGUUUUCUGAUAAAACCCUCUUGACCUUUGAGUCCAAGAGAUUAUCUGUCUUCAUUCAAACAGACAAGUUCCUUUACAAACCAAACCAAGAGGUGAAAUUCCGUAUUGUCACUCUCUAUUCUGACCUCAAGCCAUAUAAAACUGCUGCAGACAUCCUAAUUAAGGACCCCAAAUCAAAUUUGAUCCAACAGUGGUCAGAUGAACAAGGUGACCUUGGAGUUAUUUCCAAAACAUUUCAGUUAUCUUCAAAUCCAAUACUUGGUGAUUGGUCUAUUCAAGCACGAGUGAACGGUCAGACGUAUUACCAGUCAUUCCAAGUUUUAGAAUAUGUGUUACCCAAAUUUGAAGUUACUCUCCAGACUCCUUUAUAUCAUUCUUUGAAUUAUAAAAAUUUAAAUGGCACUGUCAUUGCAAAGUACACAUAUGGAAAGCCAGUUAAAGGUGAUGUUACACUCAUAUUUGUACCUCUCUCCAUCUGGGGAAUAAAGAAAACUAUUACCAAACAUUUCGAGAUAAAUGGAUCUGCAAACUUCACGUUUAGUGAUCAAGAGAUGAAAAGCGUCAUGAAUCAUGCUGAGGAGCUACAUUACCCCAGUGAUAAGUCCUCUCCUGGGCCGGUAGAAAUUAUCGCUGUAGUGACAGAAUCACUUACAGGAAUCUCCCGAAAUGCAAGUUCUAAUGUAUUUUUCAAGGCAAAUGACUACACCAUUGAAUUUUUUGAUUAUGCUACUGUCUUGAAGCCUUCUCUCAACUACACAGUUACCGUGAAGAUAAGCCGUUCUGACAACAUUCGGUUGACUCCAGAAGAAAUAAAAAAUAAUGUAACCCUCACUAUAACACAGACAAAUAACACCAAUUAUUGGGACAGAUGGAACAAUGAAGAUCAGGAAAGGGAAACUGUCCAGGUUCUAAAUUAUACAGUCCCAGAAAAUGGAAUCUUUCAUCUUGAAUUCCCAAUCCUGGUUAAUACGAGUCAACUGCAAAUAAAGGCUUCUUUUCUUGAUAGUGUGAAUACCAUAUCAAUUCAUGGAAUGUUUAGAUCUCCUAGUAUGACUUAUAUCCAGUUAAAAACAGGAAGUGAAAAUGUAAAGGCUGGCUCACCUUUUGAACUGAUUGUCACUAGCAACAAGCCAAUGAAAGAACUAAGUUAUAUGGUGAUAUCCCAAAGUCAGGUGGUUGCAGUUGGCAAAAAGAACUCCUCAACUUUUUCUUUAAUACCAGAAAAUUCCUGGGCUCCAAAAGCCUGUAUAAUUGUGUACUAUGUUGGAGAUGAUGGGGAAAUUAUAAAUGAUGUCCUGAAAGUUCCUGUCCAACAUGUCUUUAAGAAUAAGAUUACACUAUCUUGGAAUAAAGUUAGUGCUGAACCAUCUGACAGUGUUGCUCUUAAAGUUUCUGUGACUCAACCUGGAUCCCUAAUAGGACUUGUAGCUGUUGACAAAAGUGUAAAGCUGAUGAAUGGUUCAAAUGACAUUACAGAAGAAAGUGUGGUCCAUGAACUGGAAUUAUAUAACACUGGUUAUUAUUUAGGCAUGUUCACAAAUUCCCGUGCAGUUUUUCAGGAAUGUGGUCUGUGGGUAUCAACGGAUGCAAAUCUUGUACACGAUUAUGUGUAUGAAGGGUUUGAUGGAGAGUUUUUUGAGAUGGAUAAUGGAGAAGAUGCAAUUAGGUUCACAAAUGACAGAAAUGACAUGGAUAUGGCUUUUGGAGGCGGAUUUCCAGGGGACAGUGGUCCAUCUAUCAGAAAACAUUUUCCAGAGACUUGGCUUUGGAUGGACACCAAUAUGGGUUCUCGGACUGACAGAGAAUUUGAAGUUAUUGUGCCGGAUUCCAUCACUUCCUGGGUAGCUACUGCCUUUGUGAUCUCCGAGGACUUAGGGCUUGGAUUGACAGCUGCUCCGGUGGAGCUACAAGCCUUUCAACCAUUUUUCAUUUUUUUGAAUCUUCCUUACUCGGUAAUCAGAGGGGAACAAUUUGUUUUGGAAGUAACCAUAUUCAAUUAUUUGAAAGAUGCCAGUGAGGUGACAGUGACCAUUGAGACCAGUGACAAGUUUGAUAUUCUUAUGAUUUCAAAUGAAGUAAAUGCCACAGGACCUCAGCAGUCCAUACUAGUGCCAAGUGAGGAUGGGGCAACUGUGCUUUUUCCAAUCAAACCAAAGCAUUUAGGAGAGAUUCCGAUUACUGUGAGAGCAAUUUCACCCAGAGCCUCUGAUGCCAUCACCCAGAACAUUUUAGUAAAAGCUGAAGGAAUAGAGAAAUCAUAUUCACAGUCUCUCCUCUUGGAUCUGACUGGCAACCAAUUAUCAACUACAGACCAAACUUUGAACUUCACCUUCCCUCCUGAUAGGGUAAUUGGUAGUGAAAGAGUCCACAUUACUGCUAUCGGAGAUAUUCUUGGACCUUCUAUCAAUGGUUUAGAGUCCUUGAUUCGUAUGCCUUAUGGCUGUGGUGAGCAGAAUAUGAUCAACUUUGCUCCAAAUAUCUAUAUUUUGAAUUACCUGACCAACACAAGACAACUGACAGAUAUUGUGAAAGAUAAAGCCAUCUCGUUUAUGAGGCAAGGCUACCAAAGAGAACUUCUGUACCAAAGGGAUGAUGGUUCUUUCAGUGCUUUUGGAAAUAGUGAUCCUUCUGGGAGCACAUGGUUAUCAGCUUUUGUCCUAAGAUGUUUUCUUCAAGCUUCUUCUUACAUAGAUAUUGAUCAGGAUGUGUUACAAAGAACAUAUUCCUGGCUUAAGAAACAUAGAAAACCCAAUGGUGAAUUCUGGGAACCAGGAAGAGUGAUCCAUAGUGACCUUCAAGGUGGCAAUAACAGUCCAGUUACUCUUACAGCCUAUAUUCUGACAUCCCUCUUAGGUUAUCAGAAGUACCAGGCUUCCAUGGAUAUGAGAUCGUCUGUUAACUUUUUGGAGUCCCAGUUCAGGGAAGGUGUCUCAGAUAACUACACUCUAGCUCUCAUAAGUUAUGCGCUGUCAUCUGUGGAAAGUUCUGAAGGGAGAGCAGCUCUGGAUCUGUUGAACCAGAGAGCAAAACAUGAAGGAGGCAUGCAGUUCUGGGAGUCAUCAGUAUCCAAACUUUCUCAAUCCUGGCAGCCAAGCUCCUUGGACAUUGAGGUUGCAGCCUAUGCGUUAUUGUCACACUUCCUGCAAAAUCGGAUGGCAGAGGGGAUGCCUAUUAUGAGGUGGUUAAGCAAGCAGAGAAACAGGCUGGGAGGUUAUUCCUCUACCCAGGAUACCAUUGUGGCCUUGCAUGCCUUAUCUACAUUUGCAGCUCUCACCACUACUGGACAGACAGAGAUGAGAGUAGCAGUAACUGGGCCUAGUGUGACAGCACCAACAGAGUUUCUGAUUGACACUGAAAACCGCUUUCUUCUUCAAACAGCAGAGCUUGCUGUCCAGCAGCCAACUUCAGUUACUGUUUCAGCAAGUGGUUUUGGAUUUGCUUUCUGUCAGCUCAAUGUUGUUUACAAUGUGAAAAAUUCAGAGUCUUCUAGAAGGCGCAGAUCCAUCCAAAGUCAAGAAGCCUUUGACUUAGAUGUUGCUGUAAAAGAUAAUAAGGAGGAUAUCAAUCAUUUGACUGUGAAUGUGUGCACCAGGUUUCGGGGACCAUCCAAGAGUGGCAUGGCUCUGAUGGAAGUUAACUUACUGAGUGGCUUUGAAAUGCCUCCAGAAGCAAUUCUACUGAGUGACACAAUUAAGAAAGUAGAGAAUGAUCAUGGCCAAGUCAACCUAUAUUUAGACUCUGUAAAUGAAACACAGUUUUGUGUAGAUAUUCCUGCUGUGAGAAACUUCAAAGUAUCAAAUACCCAAGAUGCCUCAGUAUCUAUAGUGGAUUAUUAUGAACCAAGGAGACAGGCAGUCAGAAGUUACAACUCCAAAGUGAUGCUGGAUGUGUCCCCCUGUGACCUGUGUAACGGAGAACAAGACUGCAGCCUUUGCAAGAACAGCUCCCCAAGAUUAUUUCAGUACUUUACAGUAGUUUCCUUUUGGUGCUUCUUGUUUCACUUCUCCUUGCAAAUUUGGCUGUGAUCUUUUAUUUUGUGAGGGGUACAUUGAGAUUUCCAUGGAUGGUUUGUAUUCAUAGUUUAAUUCAUCUUCUGACUGUGUUUAAAUAGAAUUAUCUCCAUGGGUGAAAAUGAACAAAUAUCAAUGUUAGCUUCAUUGAUAUUUUCUUCCCUCCCAUCUCAGUUUUUAAGAGGAACCUUGAAUCUAAUCGAUUUGGAAAAUAAUCUCAGCGUGACUUACUUCCCUGCUCCUACCCAUCUUUUCCCUCCCAAUAUGUGUUUGGGUGGUGUGUAAGGCAUAACUCCCUCCAUUGCUAAGAAUAUUUUGUUAUGAGGACUUUAUUUAUUUAUCAUAUUUGAUAAAUGAAACAUAGAUUCUUACUGAAAACAGCUGUACAUUACUGUUAGUACUGGAAUGAAGGGAGCUGCCUUUUCUCCAAGAAGAAAAAUGCUUUUCUGAGUGGAGUCCUUUUGAAAACUGGGAAUGAAGGAAAAUGCAAGGAGGAACUUGUUUGGACUCCACACUUAUUCUCAUAGCCUUAACAUGCCCUUUCCAUCUUUUAUGAAUUUGGUUCUUUUCAGACCCUGAGGUAGUGAAAUAAAAAUUAACUGGAUUGGUUCUCUUCCCCUAAACUCUCCUAGUUUCCCCAAUUCUAAUAAUUUCCUCCUUUCUUUCCUUGUUCUCUCAGAUUCCAUUAUAAUUCAGGUAUGAGGGCGUGAGGCUGUUCCAGUGGAAAACAGAUUUAGUGUACACUGGAUGAAACUUGACCUGAAGGCCAUGAUUUGGUUUUUAGGGGUUGGUUUUGGUUUCCUCCCUGGGUGGAGGAAACAGACCAAGGAUGUGUUCUAAAUUUCUUAUCGAAAUUAUGGUGAAUAUUUUAGCACUACACUGAUCAAUGUGUGCUUCUGGGCAGAAAUUUGGGGUUUGGUGUACAACUAGAAGACAGACAACUGGUCCAAAGUAAGGAUGUACCUGUUCCCAUGAGAUUAGGCAAUUAAUAUGGAGAAGACUGACAGUGUAGACAGAAUCAGGAAGACUUGGGGUUCAGAUCCUGCCUCUGACGCAUACCAGCUAUGAACAUGGGCAAAAUACACACAUUCUCAGUGUCUCAAGUCCCUCUUUUAAGACUAUAAACUAUAGACAAGUUGCUGACCUGAAAUCAUAGGAAGGAAAACAAAUAUAUAACUAAGGUCUUUUGGGUUAAUUCUUACAUAUAGUCUCUUAUUGUUUAUGGCAGUUUUGAUUUCAAGAGUCAAAUAUUGUAUCUUAGGAAUCCGGGAAUUGUCUAUGUGCAGUUAUCAUUAAUAUUUGAAUGCAUACGACGUAUGUGUAGGGAAUAGGUUCUUAUGCAGUGGCCCAGAAAGAGAGCAGGUAACCCAUUCAAUCCAGUAAUUUUUUUUUCAAGGAUGGGAUGAUAUCUGCCAAUGAAUUGGUACUCACCUAAAACAACUCUUAUCAAGUAUGGAAGGGCACUUGACAUUCUGUAUCAUAGGAGCACCUUGUAAUAACAAUAUAACACAUUUAUUUAGCACUUUUAUAGUUUACAGAGUGCUUUUCUCACAACAACCCUGGGGAGGGAGUAAGAGCAAGUAGCAGUAAGCUCAUUUUAUAGUCACUUAGAAUUCCACUCAAGAAUGAUGUAAGUAUAGAGUAGUUAAGUGACUUUACUGAACCUGAGGAGUUAGGGGACUUGUCCAAGGUCAUUAGUAAGUGGUAGAGCCAGGAGUUAGUCCAGAUCUCCUGACUCUUGGUCCACUGUUCCUUCCUCUGAGCAAUGCUUUUUCCUUUUCGAUGAAACUGCCUUAGAAUAAGGCUGCUUCAGCAAAAAGCCCCUUAGAUGCAAUCCCAGAAUGGCUUUAUACUUAAUUCUACUUGCUUAAACAUAUUAUUUUGAGGUCCCAUUGUCAAAAAUUACUAAUGUGGGGUUCCAAUGUUGUGUAUAUGGAAACUUGGAACCGGAAAAAUCAAGACUAUGUUCUUGCCCCUCCCAACUCAUGCUAUCAAGUGAGAUGUUGGUAACUUUUCUGUACUCUGCUUUUUCAUUUAUAAAAGUCAGCUGAUGAUACUCUCUGUAGAGUCCAUUCUGUGUGAGUGGUAUCUCUCUUUUAAUUAAUCGUAGAUUUCAUCAGCUGGUAUAAUGCUGCUGAAAGUGAGGUAUAAACAGCCAAGACACAAUGACGCAGCUCAGCUUUGUGAAUGAGCUUGAGUCCUCUCACUUCAUUUUUUCAUACUAGGCCUCUCUUAGGGUACUUCCUGCCUAAGAUGGGGGGUAGUUUUAGGAUUAGUGACCAUUAUGAAACCUCAGGUAUAAUAGGGAUAUGAUAGUAGUAUUGGUUAAUAGCAGGAGCUAUUGAUAUUCCUGGAGGUGGGAAGGGAGAAGUUAUAUGUAUACCAUGAUUAAUGAAUAUUAAGGGAUAAAUUACCUAAGUCUUAUGAAGCUAUGACAUUUAGGUUUUCAGGUAUUUUUAAAUUAACCUUAAAUUGUCUUCUCUUUUAUUCUUCUGUGUGUGAACAGGGUAAUUCCCCAAGAGUAAUAAAUCCCAUCCUCACAUUUUGAACCCAUCAGUGGUCUCCUGGUCUACCAGAAGGCUAUCAUGGAUUGCCAAAGGACUUUGGACCAUACUUUAGGAACCUUAGAAGCACUAAUUGGCACAGUUUAGGAAUAAAUAAGAGAGAACCUUUACUUUGGGAUUUCUUCAUUUUAGCAGUUCUUUUUCCACAAGUAUAAUUAGAAAUAAUUUAAAAAGUUUCAUUUUAAGUUUUCUUAAUGGUAGGCACUAUCAGAUAAGUGUGGGACCUCAGAAUCUUCCUUGUCGAAACUUCUCAUUUUAUAGAGGAAGGAAUCUGAGACCCAGGAAAGUGAAGUGAAUUGGUUAAGGGACUUUGAACCCUGGUCCUCUGACUCUGGAGCCAGCUCUCUUUCCACAGUACCAAGCUGCUUCCUAAGGAUAGAUUGAGAAAUAGUCUGCUUGCAUGGAAUCCUGGUAUGCAUCUGGCUGUGGGUUAAUAUUCUUUUUGGUAGUUUACAAAUUAUGUUUAACUCUUACUCUUUAAGAAGAACCCUGCCCCUAAACUCUAAAAGAACAAAACCUCAGUCCAAAUAUAGGAAAUAACAUAUUAAUUACUUUUGGUAACAAUGACAAUGUAUGUCAGCUUUCCUAGCUAAAUCAAAUUAAUUCUUUAUGUUUUGUCUUAAAUCCACAUAAAUAAUACCACCCCUGCCACACUGACAGGAUUUUAAAAAAAAUUAAGGUCUAGUUCUUUUGAGGGGUAGCUAGGUGGCAGAGUGGAUAGAGCACUGGGUU